CAGCCACAGCAACUGGUGCCCGGGGCGUGGGAGGCCCCGGGCUGCGGACCCCAACCGGGUCCAGGUUCCGAGCUCGCGGGCCGGGAGCCGUGGCGCCCUCGGGGCGGCUGGACGGGCCCCGCGGCGCCAUGCCCGCGGGCUGAGCGCCGCCGCCGCCGCCGCCGGGCCUCGCCGCGCGCCCCCAGGCCCGGGUCCCCGCGGCCCACCAUGGUGCUGCCGCCCCCGGACCGGCGGCACGUGUGCCUGACCACGCUGGUGAUCGUGGGCAGCAUGGCGGUCAUGGACGCCUACCUGGUGCAGCAGAACCAGGGCCCGCGCAAGAUCGGCGUGUGCAUCAUCGUGCUGGUGGGCGACGUGUGCUUCCUGCUGGUGCUGCGCUACGUGGCCGUGUGGGUGGGCGCCGAGGUGCGCACGGCCAAGCGCGGCUACGCCAUGAUCCUCUGGUUCCUCUACAUCUUCGUGCUGGAGAUCAAGCUCUACUUCAUCUUCCAGAACUACAAGGCGGCGCGGCGCGGCGCGGGGGACCCGGUGGCGCGCAAGGCGCUGACGCUGCUGCUGUCCGUGUGCGUGCCCGGCCUCUUCCUGCUGCUCGUGGCGCUCGACCGCAUGGAGUACGUGCGCACCUUCCGCAAGCGCGAGGACCUGCGCGGCCGCCUCUUCUGGGUGGCGCUGGACCUGCUGGACCUGCUGGACAUGCAGGCCGGCCUGUGGGAGCCGCCGCGCACCGGGCUGCCGCUGUGGGCCGAGGGCCUCACCUUCUUCUACUGCUACAUGCUGCUGCUCGUGCUGCCGUGCGUGGCGCUCAGCGAGGUCAGCAUGCAGGGCGAGCACAUCGCGCCGCAGAAGAUGAUGCUCUACCCCGUGCUCAGCCUCGCCACCGUCAACGUGGUGGCCGUGCUGGCGCGCGCCGCCAGCCUGGCGCUCUCCCGGGACAGCCGCGUCUCGGCCAUCUUCGUCGGCAAGAACGUGGUGGCGCUCGCCACCAAGGCCUGCACCUUCCUCGAGUACCGCCGCCAGGUGCGCGACUUCCCGCCGCCCGCGCUCGCCCUGGAGCUGCAGCCGCCGCCGCCCUCGCAGCGGCGCAACUCGGGGCCGCCCCCCCCGCCGCUGCACGGCCCGCCGGGCCGCCCCCGCGCGCCCUCGCCCCCGCGCGACGCUCUGGACACGUGACAGGGCCUGCCCGCCCGCCCCCCCCCCCCCCCCAGACACCCGCGCGGGGGGGGGGGGGGUGGCGCGGAGACAUUGGCUGGUGGGGUGUGCGGUUUGCAUGGAAGGGGUGGGGCGGGCUCCCCACGGGGCCGGGUGCUGGGAGUGCCUGGCCUGCAGCUGCUCUUUCAUCUCAGGGACCCCUCGGACCCCGGACCUCAGCCCCAGAGCAGCGGGUGUGCGGAGGGGAAGGCCCUCUCCUGCCUGCCGCCGGGCCUGGGAGGGGAGGGAAGACAGAGGGGAGGGAGGUCUGGUCCCUGGGGUCCCUCCUGGGGGCCUCUGGCUCAGAGUUGGGGGCCAAGAGGCCUCUGUCAUUUUAAAGA